AUGCCGGUUUUCCGUCGCGCGCGAGGGAGGAAGGUCAUGGUCCGGAUCCUGCUCGCCAAGACUCGAAAAGCGAUGGAUCAAGGUUCAGCCUCCCACCGCGGGCACCGCCAUGGCCUCGUGUCGCAGCGGCAGCUCAAGAGCACGCGGGGCCCCGCGCGCGAGGUGUGGUCGAGAUGGGGGUCGCGCCAAGGCCGGAGCUCCAACGUCAUGCUCCGGGGGCCAUUCUCGGGUUAG